AUGCCUCCAAACCCCUUCCUCCUAGCCGCAGACAAUCCGGCCACGCUGCUGGCCCUUCUUCGUGACACACCAAGCCUCGCCUCCCAGCAGGACGACCACGGCUACUCCCUGCUCCAUGCCGCAGCUAGCUACAACCACCUCGAUCUCCUGCGCGCCCUCGUCAACGAGUUCAGAGUGCCUGUCAACCUGCGAGACGAGGACUCCGAGACCGCACUGUUCGUCGUCGAGACUGUCGAAGCCGCUAGACUUCUGGUCGAGGAGCUCGGUAUAGACACAGCACUGGCCGGGGACGAAGGGCUGACCGCACGCGAAAAAAUCCAACAGGACGGCGACUUUCCCGCGGUCGCUGAGUAUCUUGCUAGCAGGGAGGGUGCUGCGGCAGGCACGGCCGGCACGGCGCAAGCUGCCGUCAAUGGGGCCGGCCUCAACGGAAGCCUCCCACCGGUUCCUCAGGGUCUCUCAGUCAAUUUUGGAACAAAUAACGAGGAUGAGGCUGCUGGUGCCUCCCCGGACCCUGAAUUCAGGAGGCGCAUCGAGGAGCUGGCAGCCAGGGAGGACUUAGACACAGAAGCCGGGCAGGCGGCACUCCGACAGCUGGUAGAGGAAGCUGUUGCCGGGGAGGAAUUGGCGCAGGAGAGGAAUGUGCGGCCCAGGCAGGGCUGA